GCGUCGUCGUCAGUCGGUCCCGUGCAGCCGCCGCGCUCGGAGCUGAGCGCUCCUUUCUCCGUCUGCUGCUCCGUCUCUCCGCCGCUUCUUUCUCCGGCCUCGAGUCCGAAGUCCCCUCAAGCGCCAGCGUAGAGCAUGGUGGAUUACCACGCCGCCGGACAACCUGCCUAUCAGUACGGCGGCAACGGGCCGGGCAUCGGCGACUACAUGGCUCAGGAGGACGACUGGGAUCGGGACCUCCUGCUCGACCCGGCCUGGGAGAAGCAGCAGCGCAAGACUUUCACAGCAUGGUGCAAUUCCCACCUUCGGAAAGCCGGCACGCAGAUCGAGAACAUCGACGAAGACUUCCGGGAUGGUCUCAAACUGAUGCUGUUGCUGGAGGUCAUUUCAGGAGAACGGUUACCGAAGCCGGAAAGAGGGAAAAUGAGAGUACAUAAAAUCAACAACGUCAACAAAGCCUUGGAUUUCAUCGCCAGCAAAGGAGUCAAAUUGGUUUCCAUAGGGGCUGAAGAAAUUGUCGAUGGCAAUGCCAAGAUGACCUUGGGCAUGAUCUGGACCAUCAUUCUCCGGUUUGCCAUCCAGGAUAUCUCAGUGGAAGAGACUUCAGCCAAAGAAGGCCUCCUACUGUGGUGCCAAAGGAAGACGGCUCCCUACAAGAACGUCAACGUGCAAAAUUUCCACAUCAGUUGGAAAGACGGUCUUGCUUUUAACGCCUUGAUCCACAGACACCGGCCAGAACUCAUCGAAUACGACAAGCUCAGAAAGGACGAUCCGGUCACGAAUCUGAACAACGCUUUUGAGGUCGCUGAGAAGUACCUCGACAUUCCCAAGAUGUUAGACGCAGAAGACAUCGUCAACACGGCCCGUCCCGAUGAGAAGGCUAUUAUGACCUAUGUCUCCAGCUUCUACCAUGCCUUCUCUGGGGCGCAGAAGGCUGAGACUGCUGCAAACAGGAUUUGCAAAGUGUUGGCCGUCAACCAAGAGAAUGAGCACCUGAUGGAAGAUUACGAGAAGCUGGCUUCUGACCUCCUGGAGUGGAUUCAGCGCACCAUCCCUUGGCUGGAGAACCGGGUUCCCCAGAAGACCAUGCAAGAGAUGCAGCAGAAGCUGGAGGACUUCCGGGACUACCGGCGGGUCCACAAACCCCCCAAAGUGCAGGAGAAGUGCCAGCUGGAGAUCAACUUCAACACCUUACAGACCAAACUGCGACUUAGCAACCGGCCGGCCUUCAUGCCCUCCGAAGGAAGGAUGGUAUCGGAUAUCAACAACGGCUGGCAGCGCUUGGAACAGGCCGAGAAAGGUUUCGAAGAGUGGCAGCUGAAUGAAAUCCGGAGGCUGGAAAGACUUGAUCAUUUGGCGCUGAAGUUCAGACAGAAGGCAUCCAUCCACGAAGCCUGGACCGAAGGGAAAGAGGCCAUGCUGAAGCAGAAGGACUAUGAGACGGCCACCCUGUCCGACAUCAAGGCCCUGAUCCGGAAGCACGAAGCGUUUGAAAGCGACCUGGCGGCUCACCAAGACCGCGUGGAGCAGAUCGCGGCCAUCGCUCAGGAGCUCAACGAGCUGGAUUAUUACGACUCCCCCAGUGUCAACGCCCGGUGCCAAAAGAUCUGUGACCAGUGGGACUCCCUAGGGUCCUUGACCCACACACGGAGGGAAGCGUUGGAGAAAACAGAGAAGCAGCUGGAGACCAUCGAUCAGCUCCAUCUGGAAUACGCCAAGCGAGCCGCGCCCUUCAACAACUGGAUGGAAAGUGCAAUGGAGGACCUCCAGGAUAUGUUUAUUGUCCAUACCAUAGAGGAGAUAGAGGGCUUGAUUGCUGCCCACGACCAGUUCAAAUCCACGUUGCCCGAUGCCGAUAGAGAACGAGAAGCCAUCUUGGGCAUCGAGAGCGAAGCGCAGAAGAUCGCAGACUACAACAACAUAAAACUCUCCGGGAACAAUCCUUACACUUCGGUCACGCCUCAGAUCAUCAACUCCAAGUGGGAAAGGGUCCAGCAACUGGUACCCAAGAGAGACAGCGCCCUGCAGGAUGAGCAGAGCAAGCAGCAGUCCAAUGAACGCUUGCGCCGACAGUUCGCCAGCCAGGCCAACAUCGUGGGGCCCUGGAUCCAGACCAAGAUGGAGGAAAUUGGGCGCAUCUCCAUUGAGAUGAACGGCACCCUGGAGGACCAGUUGAACCACCUCAAGCAAUACGAGCUGAACAUUGUCGAGUACAAACCCAACAUCGACGUCUUGGAACAGCAGCACCAGCUCAUCCAGGAGGCCCUGAUCUUUGACAACAAGCAUACUAACUACACCAUGGAGCACAUCCGGGUGGGAUGGGAACAGCUCCUCACCACCAUCGCCCGGACUAUCAACGAGGUGGAGAAUCAAAUCCUGACCCGGGACGCCAAAGGGAUCAGCCAGGAGCAGAUGCAAGAAUUCCGGGCCUCCUUCAAUCAUUUUGACAAGGACCACGGCGGCUCCCUGGGACCCGAAGAGUUCAAGGCCUGUCUCAUCAGCUUGGGAUACGAUGUGGAGAAUGACCGACAGGGCGACGCAGAGUUCAACCGGAUCAUGAGCGUUGUAGACCCCAACAACAUCGGUGUGGUGACUUUCCAAGCCUUCAUCAACUUCAUGUCCCGGGAAACAACCGACACAGACACAGCUGAUCAGGUCAUUUCUUCCUUCAAAGUUCUGGCUGGAGACAAGAACUACAUCACAGCGGAAGAACUGCGGCGAGAGCUCCCUCCGGACCAGGCAGAAUACUGCAUUGCCCGGAUGGCACCUUAUCAGGGUCCUGACGCCAUUGCCGGGGCCCUCGACUACAAAUCCUUCUCCACGGCGCUGUACGGCGAGAGCGACCUGUGAGGGUGUGGCAGCGGCAACGGCGGCAAGCGCUGGCACUUCUUAGGAGGGGAGGCCCAUUCCGUUUCCUUCCACACCGUAUCUUCAUUUUCUCUCUUUUCCUCUGCCUCUUCCUCUCACUCGCGCGCACACUCACACGGCACCAACGGGACUACCCCACGCUAUUUCUUUUCUCUGAAGACAAGCAGCUGCCUCCUCUCCUUUUCUUCCUUUUCUAUUUUUUUAAAUUGUGACUUCUACAAGCACGGUUACCUAUGCAACAGCCAUGGUUGGGUUUUUUUGCACCACCACCCCUUCGGCAAGACACCCCCCCCUCUCCCCAGCCCCCUCUCCUCCCAGGGACUCAGCAGCCCCCGUUGAUUAUUGCGUUGCUGUGACGGGCAGGGAGAAUCAUGGGUGCCGGAGCGCCAAGUCCAGCAAACAAGCAUCCAGACACAGUUUGGGAAGGGAGGUUUAUUCAACUUAUAUUCCUUGGUAUGGGAAGGGGGUAUAUAUAUAUAUAUAUAUAUCUAUUUUUCUUAUCAUGUUCGAAAAGUAGGGGAAAGCUUUUUUAAAGGCUCUGUUGUCCCGCCCCCUGCUUCGUUUCUCAUUCUUUGUUUUUUAAUUUAUGUAGCUGGUAGGCGGGAACUCGGCAGGAACUCAACAGUGCUGGUGCAUGGAUAAUAGGGGGACCCAGCGGGCACCCGACUUUUCUCUGGAUGUGUGUAUGUUUUAAUGCAGAACAGGAUUCUCGUUCCUUCCCCUCCUAGGUUAGGCUCUUCCUUUCUCAUCCUUCAGGGCUAAGACCUUCCUUCACUGUCUUAAAACCCAUUACCCGCUUUUUAAUUUAGCAACACCAAAGCGAGCUGACCCUAUCCGCUUUUUCAUUGUGCUCAGCACAGUAGGGAGGCACAAUUGUUGGACCUGGGCAGGGGUCUCUCGGGCCCACAAUGACUCCUGCCCCCAGCCCACUUUGUUGAAAUACAUUCCCGGGUGGUGCAUGCUUCUAAUGUUCUGCCUUAGAAGUUGAUCUCAAGUUAUUUGGGUGGAGGGCACUUCUGGCUGAGAAUUCAAACGCUCCCCACUGUCCCAACACACACACACACACACAAACACACAAAAUAUCUCUCUCUGCUGCCGUUUUGACUCUUCUUGGAUCCAAGAAGGCAAAACAAGCCAGGAUUUGCUUGCAAAGGUGGCCUGGGGUUUCCCGUUUUUGCACGUUUUCUCUCUCCCCCCCCCCCGCUCCCCAUUGUGGGGCAGUGACUAAGAUAAAGGAAAAGGGAAUAUUGACCCAUGGAUUAUCCACCGUUAUUUUGGAAGGGGGAUUCUUAAGGGAAGGUGUAUUAAGAGAGAAACUUUGGCUUUGUCUGUCGGCCCGGUGGGACCACGAAGGAGGCCCGCGCAAAUGUCAGGUUCGCAAAACGGGGCAGGAAGAACCCAGCAAACCGUUCAUCAGGAAGUCCUCCGAACCUACUCAGCUGUUCCUAUUUUUAUUUUUAUUUUUGGGGGGAGGGCAGCAUCAAGUCUUCCUUCUCCUUUUCUCUGAAUAACUCUUUCGAUCCGUUGCCUCCUGGGUCUGUUUGUAAUUUCUUCUUCAUCAUGGUGCAGGGUUUUCUGAGGACCAAAUUCAAAUUCAAGAGAACCAUGCAAAUCUCAAUUGUGUGUUUUUUUUUAUAAAAAAAAGAGACACAGCGCGUUGGUUGCAAUUUAACAACGUUCCAGAUGGUUGUUAUUAUUAAAUAUAAAUAUAUAUAUUCCUCUAGCAUUGUAUAUUGUUAAUUGAUUGGGGGGGGCACACACAAUGUUUCUGUCCCUUUCCUCCUCUCCCCCCCCCCGUUUUCAACAUGUAGUUAAGGGUUACGGCUGCCUCUAGCACCAUAAACUAACAUUUCCACACUGCUUUGGGGGUGGGGAAGUUAGGAGGGCAUUCUUUCAGUUUUGUUUCUCUCUCUCUCUUUCUCUCUCUCCAUCAGGAAAAAGUUUAAUGACUUAUUUUAUUGCAGUUGCUACAAAAAUCUGUCUACCAAGGGUAAAAGCCCUGACAUAAUAAGGAGUAACCAGGUUCUGUCUGCCUCUACUGGCCAUCAAAUCUGUUAUAAAAUUUCCACACUUUUCUGAGGAAGCAGCUCUCCUUGCUCUUGGGAAACCAGACAAUAAAAUAUAAUAUUUUUAA